GGCAAGCCCAGUACCCCGCGUUGGGCUGCUACUUGGUGUCACCUCGUUGCGUUUCCUCACCUAACUUUCGAAUUAACAACAUCAACACUUCGAAUGGACGAGUAAUAGUCGGGUAUUGCCAAUUACGUCUCAUCAUGGCCCAAACUGGAAGAGCAUUUGUUGGUCCCAUGAUCCAUUCUCUUUCGGCCUCCGAACUCGAAAUACUUCCGUCUGCUCUUCUCACGGUCAACAACUCCGGGGAGAUUGCAGCCUUCGUCCGAAAUGUCGAUCCUCAACAAAUCAAAGAGACACUCGAUGGCCUAAACUUCUCUCCCGACCUCGUCACGAUUCACCACCUCACCCCGGGUCAGAUCCUCAUUCCAGGCUUCGUUGACACACACAACCACGCUCCACAAUGGGCGCAGCGCGGCCUGGGCCAGGGCAUGCACAUCCUCGACUGGCUCGAUGCCAUCACCUUCCCUAACGAAGCCCGGUUUCGUGACCCAGACUACGCCCGCCGCAUCUACGCGAGCUGCGUCGACGGCUUCCUGCGCCAGGGAAUUACCACUGCCUCAUACUAUGGCUCCAUCCACGGCGAGGCCACCAAGAUCCUGGCCGACCUCUGUCUCGAGAAGGGCCAGCGCGCGCUGGUGGGCAAGUGUAACAUGACGCGCAACGCACCGGAUUAUUAUCUGGAUGCGUCGGUUGAGGAGAGUUUGCGGGUGACCGAGGAUUGUAUUGCCCACAUCAGGUCGAUCGAUCCCGCGGGGAAGCUCGUCCAACACGUCCUCACUCCGCGCUUCGCCAUUUCCUGCGAUGCCGAGGUGCUGCAGGGCCUGGGGGCCAUUGCCCGCAACAACCCCGAUCUGCCUAUCCAGACGCACUUCAACGAGGCCGAGCAGGAGAUGAAAGCUACCAUGGAGCUCUUUCCGCAGUUCACCAACGAGGCGGACUUAUACGAACACUACGGCCUGCUAGGCAAGCGGUCCAUCCUGGCACACUGUUGCUACAUGACCGAGUACGAGAUGGAGCGACUCAAGACGCUCGACUGCGGCGUCGCGCACUGUCCCAUCUCCAACAUGACCGUGGGCGGCGGGUUCAUGGCCGCCCCCAUACGCGAUUUCAUGCGGCGGGGGAUCAAGGUUGGGCUGGGGACCGACAGCGGAGGCGGCUUCUCCAGCAGCAUCCUUGAUGCGAUGCGCCAGGCCAUGAUUGCAAGCCACGCACGCGAGGUCACGUCCAAGGGUGAGGACAAAGGGUUAUCCAUCGAUGAGGUAUUCUACUUGGCCACUUUGGGCGGCGCUCAGGUCUGCGGUCUGAACGAAAAGAUUGGCAAUUUCGAGGUGGGCAAAGCCUUCGAUGCGAUUGUCGUUGGGACUCGGGGAGCCGACCAAGGUGUCAUGACCGUCGUCGAAGAAGACGACAACCUCAAAACUGUAUUUGAGAAAUUCAUCAUGACGGGGGAUGACAGGAACAUUGUCCAAGUGUACGUUCAAGGUCGGGCGGUGAAAGGUGGUUGAGGACCGGGCUCGAGGGCGCAGAGACGGGGACGGUGAAAAUGAGUACUGGAGAACGGCUGCUAUCCUGAUAUGUUCGUAAAUGCUCGUUUGCUUGGUCAGGGAGGCAAUCAACAAUUUCGGCCACCCCUUAAAAACUCGGUCCGAGCCAGUACUUGGAGCCCCGACGACCAGCGAAUCCGGUGUUGUAUGCUGUGGCUCAUUCAUUGUGCUUGACUUCCUCUCGUCUUCCUUGCAUUCAUUUAUUUGCCGGAGCCCCGAGUUACCCAUUUAGCUACCUGUAAGAUGUUAAGACAGACGGCGGGCUGUGUACCUAUGUGCGUGCUUCGCCACAGGCCUCUGUUUAUGCAGGGCACAGGUGACUCGGAUACACCCAUG